UACGAAAUGGAGCGAUACCUGAAGGAUGAGCCAAAACUGCAGACUUAUAAAAAGCUGCCAGCUGACAUAGCCACACCAUGGGACCUGUUCGCUGCACCCGGCCCGAUAGCGGGCUGGAAGGUAGAAGUAGAUUCAUACUGUAUAGAGGAACUAAACCUAAAUGAUAGAAACUCAGACUCACACUCGAGCUCGUCGUCGUCGUCCUCGUCCUGCUCCGGUUCGUGGGACAGCAGUCCGUCGCUGAGCUGUGCGGUAGUGGUAAAAAAGGAACGACUCGAUCCGGAUGACGACGAUGGUAACAAUUCCGACAGUUACGACGAACAAAGUGAAAAAUUUGGCAAAAUCUCUGUUCAUCAUCACCACCAUCAUCAUCAUCACCCGCAGAAUGCAAUCGAGCUAAGGCUAGUGGCACGAGCGACGACAUCCGAACUGUUACCGACGCUAACGCCCCCCUCCUCACCGGAAUCGCAUCUUAGUAUAGGCAGCAAAGGUAGCGGUACGACGCUGGCGACGACCGUGAAAACUGAACCGGAAAUUGCACUUUUGGAGCACCAGGGUAGCAUUCUGAGGGUAUCGACGGGGACGCACAUACCACGGAAUGCGAUCGUCCGGUUGACGACGUCCAGCAGUAAAGGUGGCGUCGGGUUAACGCGAGUGAUACAGGUCAGUCCUCAACUGCAAGCAGCCAUCGCCCAGCGAAGUUCCACGUCGUCCUCCAGCACGUCAUUUUCGUCAGUGAGCAGCUCGAAACAUCACCAGCGGCAGCACGACCACAGUCCAGACUCGAAGCGACGGAUACACAAGUGUCAAUUUCUCGGUUGCAAGAAAGUUUACACCAAGAGUUCGCACCUGAAAGCGCACCAGCGGACGCAUACAGGCGAAAAACCCUACAAAUGCUCUUGGGAGGGCUGUGAGUGGCGAUUCGCACGCAGUGACGAACUGACCCGCCACUACCGAAAGCACACCGGAGCGAAGCCGUUCAAAUGCCGACACUGCGACCGCUGUUUCUCCCGGUCGGACCACCUGGCCCUGCACAUGAAACGCCACGCAUAA